CGCGCCAUAUUAUGCCAUUCUUAUUAGACUGGGAUUGAAGCAAGAAUCACAAGAGAGCCCUACCGUCUUACACCAUCUCUCACCAUCAUUCCACCAUCGGCCGUGCUCCUCUGAUUCAUCAGCGUCCUUGACUGUUACUUGAGUCGUCACCUCGCUCCUUGCCCUUCGGUUUGGACUACGAUCCGUUGAUUCGACAGUCAACAUUACUAUCACCGCCGACAAUCAUCGCUAUUUCAUCAAUAUGGACUGCUUCCAAGACUUCUGCCUCGCUUGCGAUAAAGAGUCGCAUGGGCCAUAUUGCUCCCAAGCAUGUCGUCUCGCCGACCUUGAGAGAGGAAACACAUCAGUACCGCAGACGCCGUUGUCACCGUCUUCGCAAUCACAAUCGCGGCUAUCCUGGUCAUCAACGGCGUCGGCCUACGUCCUGCCGCCAGCUGUUGAUUUCACGGACAAGAACAUCGCUAGCUCGCCAUAUACCGAGCAGCAGCAGUAUCAGACAUCUUACUUCAUGAGAACAUCGGCACAACAACCAUCGACGGCAUCAUCUCAACGAUCCCUAACGCCAUGCUCGUCACGGACAUCGCUGUCGUCGACGACGAGCCAAAGCAGCACUAAUGGCGUUUCCGAGCAGGCCCGCCUACAGCUGGAGAGUUACUUCAGCUCCUUCACUCAGGCUCGCGCUGCCAAGCGUCGACCAAGUCUGAGGUAGCCCUUCGAUCAGGAUCAUCGAAGUUUGUCAGCUUCGAUGCCUUCUCAUGCGCCUGAU